AUGCUCCCGUCAAAUCAUCAUCUUCGCAGAAAGAGGUUUCAUGCUUGGGAAUAUAUUGAACCAGAGUUUCCGGAAGGCGUUCUUGAUUUUUCAAAAGAAGAAUUACCACAUGGAUUCGAACAUCUUCGUUCGCCAAAUUAUUUCUUCUCUGAGUUUGAUAUGGCCUAUCCGAGCGGAAUUAGUGAGCAAAGUUUACCAUCAGACAUUCCCGAUCAAGUCUUUGAUGGUAUUGAUUUUUGCGAAGAUUUAUGGGAAAAUACAGUUCUAUGUCAAACCAAAAAGAAGUAUGAUAAACAUUGCCAAAAAGACAUUGCACAUUAUUUGAAAUGUCGAUUGAAGAGAGACAAUAACAUUCGUGUGAGAAGCUUACAAUAUGAAACGUAUGUCAUGACACGAGAAAGUGAGCCAGACCUUUUGAAAAGAAAGCAAAAUAUUGAAGAUACAAUCAAAACAGUUGAAAAUGAUUUAGCAAAGGCUAUUAAACCUCCUCACAGAGAUGUCCUGAAAUCGGAACAUUGCGGGUUAGAGCCCGUGGCCAAUCAUGAUGAAGAUGAUACCUUGUACGAGUACAAUAUUAGUACUGAAAUCGAAUUUAAGGAAAAAUCAUGGUUGGUCUGUUUUAUAAAAACUGAUAAGAAGAGUUUCACGGACCAAUUAUUGGAUGGAAAAAAACUAACAUCCCUUCUUCAAGUGAUUGAGCUGAACAAUCAGCUUAAUCCUUUUCAAAAUCUUAACUCUUAUUUAUCGUUUGGAUUUGAACCUUACUUUUCAGCAUUCGAAAAAAGAAAUGAAAAAGGAAGUGCUGGAUCCGUCAUGGAAAAUAUUAAAUCGUUGAAGCUUGCGAUAAAUCAUCAGUGCCAAACAUUUUCAAUACCCGAACUUAAUGUGUUUGAGCAUGUCCAUUCUGAGAUAAAAGACUUGAUCAAAAAAGGAGCAACAUUAGACUCUCUAAGUGACAAAAUCACUAAACUGAAGACAGAAACAAAGAUGGUCGAAGAAAUAAGCAAAAUGUCUCUGCAAUUGGCUCAGGAAAUAAGAGUGUUAAUUCAAAAAGCAGAAAUGCAAGCGUUCACAGCAUUGAACACAACCGGAAUUGAGGAGAUGUUACUGAGAGCUAAAGAGUGCAGCUCCUUAAUGCAGGAUUUACCUAUCUCAGAGUUUUGGUCAGCCAAAGAUAUCGACAAAAUAACAGCUACCAUUGCACAGAUGUUUACAUUGUUGAACAAAUCAAAAAUUUAUCAAAACAAGGACUCAUAUCCAAUGGCACGAGCCAUUAAAUUAGUUGAAGCUUUUUCCAGAGAUGUGAAUGAAAAGUUAUUGGAACUUUUGAGGCCAAUGCACCUAUUGUUUUUGCAGUUUGAAGAGUUUGACCAUAUUUCAAAAAACUGUAUUGAUUUAUUUACCACAUUGGAUUCAGAUAUCAAAACGUUUUGCAAGAUUGCAACCGACAUCUCCAGAAAAAAACAAAAAGUUAUGGAAAUAAGCAAACUUGAACAUGUUGGACUUCAAAAACGAAUAGAAGAGGUUAGAAAUUUUAGGGUUCAACAUGAAGAGUUAAGAUCAGUCAUUGAGAAAGUAUUUCCCAACUCAAUAACAGAUCAGAGAGAAACAAGUGUUCUGGACCAGGUGAACAAAGCAUUCGAAGAAUUGAGAUCUUUGGACGUCUUGGACACGUCGGCUGAAGGGCAAGCCACCUGGAAAAAUGCCAUCAAAUCCUAUCAGGAAAAGAUCGACAAAGCCGAAACUGUGAUUGCCAGGAGGCUUUCGGACCAGCUGGGAGUAGCUAAAACUGCCAGUGAGAUGUUCAGAAUUUUCUCUAAAUUUAAUCCGUUGUUUUACAAGCCGCGUAUACGAAGUGCAAUUCAACAAUAUCAGGAACAGUUAGUUGAAAGAGUCAAAGAGGAUAUUUCAAAACUUGAAGAAAAAUUCAAACAGCACUACUCAUACUCUGAAACCGAGAAAAUGAGCAAACUACGGGAUUUACCUUCUGUAUCAGGAUUUGUCAUUUGGGCAAGACAAAUUGAAAAACAAUUGAUAACUUAUAUGAAACGAGUUGAUGACGUCUUUGGAAACGGCUGGGAAAGAUUAAAAAUUUUACGGAAAAAAGAUUGCUUGUGGACCUUCAACGAAUCUUUGGUGGAAUUUAUGGGCGUUUCUUUCUCGAUGAUGCAAACCAAAAUUUCCAAUCAUCCAAUCCUAGGCCAAUUUGCCAAACAAGAAAUAAUUGGAACAGCAUUGUCCCUUGCAUUUCUAGAGCUGGUCUAUCCUGACUCUGAGUCACAGUGGAGAUAUAUUGCCAUCGAAAGUAAAGAAGUUCUGAAACGAGAAGUAGAAAAAACUAAGAAUCCAUAUGGUGAUAUCGUUCCAGUUGCAUUUGAGCUUCUUCAAGAGGAAAAAGUUGGAACUCGUCAUAUUGAAGAGAACAACUUGCGAAAAGAAGGAGAACGAUUUAAAAAUAAGCUAAAUGGAAAUAUUUUUACUGUGAUUGAAAGAUGGAACAAUGAAAUCAUAGAAAAGCUGUUUAAAUGGAAGAUAUUUCAACUCCAUGAUAGUAGCGUUUCUGUUAAGGGGUUUAUAUUUGAAAUAAUGAAAAACAAAGGUGAAAAGAUGGAUGUGCGUGUUAAUUUUGACAAGGAUAUUGGAAUAUUGAUUAAGGAAGUUAGAAAUCUUUCCUCUCUUGAAAUAGAUAUAAGAGUUAAACCUGAGAUAAAGAAUGUAGCUUCAGAAGCGGCCAUUAUACAUCCAAUAGCUAUGUCAUUAACGGAGAGCCUCAAAAUUUUCAGGAAGACAAUGAAGAAUCUUGACGAUAGAACCGAUAUAUUACCACUGACAUCCAAAUACUUGAAAGAUGCUUACCAAAAACUUGCGGAAGGAUUUGAGUUAACUUGGAGAAGUACAAAGUUAGACAAAUAUUCAAAGGAACUGUAUGAAGAGCUGAACAAAUUUUCAUCAAACAUUCACGAAUUGGUUGUUAAGGUGGAAAAAAUUUAUACAUGUUUAGAGAUGUUAAAAUCCUGUAAAAUUGCUUACAACAACUUAGAAUCCAUACUAUCUGAUAUCCAAAAGAUUGUGGAUUCACUUGCUUUGAGUGGGGAAGUUGGAAAUAUGCCAAGCUGGGUAAAGCUUCUCAAUGAAAAUAUUGAAACGGUUUUAUUGGCCAGGCUGAAUGAAUUGAUGGAUAUGUGGCUCUCAGAAUAUAAGGGAAUGUAUAGCUCAACCGUUUCCAAACCUAACUUGUUAGACGAAGAUUUUGAGGAAGAUUCUAAAUGCCAAGAGAGCCCAGAAGAUUAUUCCAUUUUUUCUCAACUUAAUAUUUCAAAAUUUGAAAUUGAAAUCAAGAUUGUCAAUAGGUCACUGAAGGUAAUGCCUUCGGUACAUAGAGCACAAGCGUACUGGACAUCAAGAUUGAGCACAUGUCUAUCCUGGAUUUGUGAUUUGUGUGUUAUUCAGAGCGACCGUUAUGAUAAGGUAUUCGCUUCUGAAAAGAGAAAAACCUUCAAAUACUUGCUGGAAAGAGUUUCUGACGAAAAAUUGCACACUAUAUUUAUUUUAAUCCAAAAAUCUUCAAGAAAGGCAGACAAAUAUGUUCAACAAUGGCUUCAGUAUCAAUCCAUGUGGGACAUGGACAUUGGACAAGUGAUGUCAGAGAUCAAUACUCUCGGUGCAUGGGUUCAACUCCUCAAAGAUUUGUCCAAAGCGAAACUUGUAUCAGAUAACGGGUUAUACUCAAAAGAUUUUGGACCAAUAGUUGUGAAUUAUAGAGAUGUUUACGAAAAGCUUAAUGUAAAGUAUGAUGAUACUUUACGACAAUUACUGAUAAGAUUCUCCACAGAAAUGAAAGAAUCUAUGAAAAACGUUUUUCUUAGCAUGUCAAAGGAAAGACAAGAAAUUGAAAGCGUGAGAGUGGAAAGGAGCACACAAGAUGCUAUCAAGUACUUGAGACAUAUCAAAACUAUUAAGAAGCAGUUCAACUCUUGGGAAUCCGAUAUCAAAUUGUUCAAAGAAGGAGAAAAGCUCAUUAUUGAUUACAAUUGUAAGCUUCCUGAAGCUUGGGUUUUUGCUGAUAACAUUGAGAGCGAGUGGAACGCCUUUAAACAGAUCACAAAUUUGAAGAAUGAUGCUGUUCGAUCAAUGAAAGAUCAGAUCACAAAGAAUCUUUUAAGUGAAGAGAAGAAGCUCCUUGCCUUUAUGGAUCAAUUUUCAGAUGAAUGGAAAUUAAAACGACCACUUGAAGGAAACGUGGAACCAGAAGAAGCUCUUAAGCAGUUAAAUUAUCUUGAGAACAGACUUACUCAGCUGAGGAGAGAGUACUCGAAUAUUUGUACAACUAGAGAAGCCUUAGAUAUGGAUAUAUUGAGAAUGGAUAAACUAGAAGCUUAUUCUGAGAAUUACAAAACUUGA